AUGGGAAGCAUUGGGGAUAAUAAAACUCAGGUGGGUACAGAGGCUUCUGGGGGGUCUGCAUCAUUCUUCUCUACCGAUGAAAACCCUAUUUCUGCAGGGGACGAAGUUUCCUUCACAUUGAACCUUUUCCCUGAUGGAUACUCUAUUGGAAAACCUUUGGAGCGCAUUGCAGCAUGCUUCAAGUUCUUACGUCCCUACAACAGGACAUCUGAAAGUCUCUUCUCGGCAAUUGAAUGUGGUCGGUUGCCUGGAGAUCUCCUUGACGAUUUACCUUGCAAAUACAUUGAAGGUUCACUUAUCUGUGAGGUGCGGGACUACCGAAAAAUAUGCAUUAAUAGAGGGCCCAAUCUUCCAGAUGUGGUUGAUUUGCCCGUUGUUACUAAAGUGUGGCUGAAAAUUUCCUUGGAGAACAUCGUUAAGGAUAUACCACCUAUUUGUAGUUCUUGGACUUAUGGUGAUCUGAUGGAAGUAGAAUCCAGGAUACUGAAGACAUUACAGCCACAACUGUGUUUGGAUCCUACUCCCAAGCUGGAUAGGCUCUCCAAUAGUCCAGUUCCAGAAAAGCUACAUAUGACUUUAUCUAGUCUACAAAAGAAGAGAUUGAGACAUGUGCCAGAAACCUCUGUGACUUCUAGUAACAAAAUCCACGGGAAGAAAGUCUGCAUAGACAGAGUUCCAGAAAGGUCUGAUUCGGGAAUUAUCCAAGGGAAUCUAUUGCCGCAACAUGUCCAUGAGAAUCUGAGUGCCCAAUGUGCUGGAGCUGGCAACACACCACCUCUAAGACCAAAAGGCUAUAUAGCAGAUGCAUCUUUUUCAACACUACCAAUGAUGUCCCCGAGGUAUCAAAUGUUGGUUGGGAAUGCUAGAGGCAUGCAGGAUCGUGGAGCUUCCCCUGGUGGGCAGGACAUGAUGAUUUCAUACUUGGAUAAUAACUCUUCUAUUUCCCUUCAGGGAAAGAGAGAGACUCAAGAUGGGCAAUCAUCGCCCAGGUCUAGCUUUAAUAAGAGGCCAAGACUGGCACAUGGACCUGACGGCAAUCAGCAGCAGCAGAUGGAGAACUUCCAUACAUCAGACUUAAAUCUCAAGAAUACUUUGCAGCAGCAAGCAAUAUCUAGAGGAAUUCAAUUUGGUAAUGCAAUCAUGCAAAAGUUCCCCCAGCACACACUUGAAGGUGUCCAGAAUCCGGAGGUUGCAGCAGCAUCCCUACCACUGGGCAUGGGGCAUCGUGCAAAGGAAGAACAACUAGAUACACAGAUGGAGGCUACAGAAGUAAAUCGGAGUAAGUCUGACAUCCAGACGGCGGAGACUGAAAAGGACCGCAUGGAUCCUCAGCAACCACAACUUCAACAAAGGUUGCCACAUCAUCCAUUCCUGAGACCUGGUUUCUCUCAGGCAUCUUGGAGUAAUGUCAAUCAGCAGAUUGAUACUAAUUUGAAAAAGGAGGAACAGAUACAAAAAAGGAAAUCAGUGCAAAGCCCACGCGUAUCUGGUGGAACCUUGGCUCAAUCUCCUUUGUCAUCAAAAUCUGGGGAAUUUUCUAGCGGUUCAGUUGGACCACAGUAUGGGGCAGCUGCAGCAACUCCUGUGCCUGGAUUGUUGCCCAAGGAAAGGGCUGGAAUAACCUCAGUUCCUCCUGUUGGAGCGACAGGAUCUUUAACAUCUAGUGCCAAUGAUUCAACACUACGACAGAACCAGGCCCAGGCUGCUGCAAAACGAAGACAGAAUUCACUUCCAAAGACGCCAAUAAUCAGCGGUGUUGGCUCUCCUGCUAGCGUGAGCAACAUUGGUGUUGCAUUAAAUGCGAGCAGUCCUUCUGUUGGAACCCCACCUCUGGUUGAUCAGACAAUGCUUGAGAGGUUUUUAAAGAUUGAUACAAUUAUGACGAGGUACCAAAUAGGCCACAAAAAGAACAAGGUAGAUUACCCAGCCAUGAAGCCCGGUGCCUUCCUCACUGAGCAUCUUUCAGUAUGUCUACACAAUGUUUCCAACGAUGUGAAUUUUAAGGAUGACUCAUGUACCAGAUCACUCUCGAAGUCACUGGUUGGAGGCAGCACAAAUAUUUGCAAGACUAGAGUCCUUAAGUUUUCGCAGCUAGAGCGAAAUCUUCAAGGGACUGUUGUCUCCCGGCCUCAGACCAAGAUGAUCAUGUCAGAGAAAUCAAGUGAUGGUACCAUUGCUAUGCACUAUGGAGAUUUGGAAGAGGGUGAUAUUCUGGCUUCAGAGGAGCAUCUUCCGACACUACCAAAUACCCAUUUGGCAGAUUUGCUUGCAGACCAGUUAUGCUCAUUGAUGACACGCGAAGGAUUUCAUGUGGAAGAUCAGGUCCAACCAAAACCGACCCGCAUGAAUCUUGCUCCAAGCAAUCAACCUAAUGCUCCUGGAAUUCCUCAUAAUAAUUCCAUUGCCGAUAUCCCGCGCUGUCCUGAAGGAGUUUCAGGUCAAUUGUCCAGUGAAGUGUUGCCUACCUCUAAUAGUGGCAAUGUAUCUCUUAGUUCAUCUGUGAAUAUUCCUCCACAUGCAAGGAUGCUGCCUCCUGGAAACCCUCAUGCCUCACAAAUAGCUCCGGGAGUCUCUGUGCCUGGACGGCCACAACAGCUAGAUUCACAGUCCUCACUGCAGCAACAGGCUCAGCAGCUGCAGCAGCACCACCAAAAUCCUAUGGUUCAACAGCAUCUUGCUCAGUUUGCAAGAUCCCCAAUGACGCUUGCUACAAAUCCCCUCUCACAGUUGAAUGCCAGUAUUCAGUUGGGCAAUCACAUGGCAAAUAAGCCACCACCUCCGCAUCUUCAGAUUUUACAGCAGCAACAGCCACAGCAAGCGCAACAGCAGCAGCAGCAGCAACGACAAUCGAUGUUGCAAAGACAAAUGGUGAUAGGAGCUGCUAUGGGCAUGGGAAACAUGGGUGGUAACUUGGCUGGGCUUAGUAGCAUCAGUAACACCAUAAAUAUGGCAGGCGCAAAGGGGAUGGGAGGGCCUGGAAUUUCAGCAUCCAUGGGCCAAAUGCCAAACAUUGGUCAGGCCUCUCACAUUGGCAACCAGCGACUGAUGCAACCUGCUAAUUUGCCAAGAUUUCAGGGGGCGAGGCAGAGUCAAGCUGUGUUAGGGGGCACUCAGUCUGGCAUGGGUGGUGUCUCUGGACCUCGACCGAUGCUUCCGGGCCCUGCUGGCCUGCAAAUGUUGGCCUCAAAUCGAGCUAACAUGCAGCGUGCAGCAAUGGGGGCAAUGGGCCCACCAAAGUUGACAGGGAUGAAUCCGUAUAUGAAUCAGCAGCAGCAGCAGCCAAUGCAGCUGCAGCACCAGCAGCAGCAGAUGCAAUUGCAGCAGCAACCACAGCAGCAACUCCAAUUGCAGCAGCAACAGAUGCAGCAGCAACAGAUGCAGCAGCAGCAGCAGCAGCUUGAAACAACCUCACCCUUGCAAGCUGUUAUGUCACCACCACAAAUAAGUUCACCUUCAAACAUGGCAAUUCCACAAUUGAGUUCACAAUCCCAACAGCAGCAACAGCAGUCUAGUCCCCAGCAAAUGAGCCAAAGAACCCCAGUAAGCCCACAACAGAUCAGCUCUGGGACUAUGCAUGGCAUGAGUGCUGGUAAUCCAGAAGCUUGUCCCGCUAGUCCACAGUUGAGUUCUCAGACCCUUGGCUCAGUUGACAGUAUAAACAAUUCUCCUAUGGAGCUACAAGGUGUUAAUAAAAGCAACUUGAGCAGUGCAUAAUGAAGUCCUGUCCUAUGCGCUUCUGAAUCGUUUCUUAACUUAGCAGAGAAGUCGAAGGAAUUUUUUAGAGGUUUUUGUUUAUAUAAGAUGGAGCGGAAGAGGUAGUUGUUGAUAAAAGUGCCAGUAUAAUCGACACCGGGGCUUUGAGGAGGGGGCAAGGCACAAAUUUUCCCCUUGGCUCUCUAGGAAAGGGCUGCUUUUUAGACUCAAUUGAUCUCGAUGCUGGAAAUCACCAAUAAGUUGAUUAAAAGCAGGACACCUGCACUGUGAUAUGUCUCUUGUUUUGAUGUCCGAGGUGGAUUUCCCAUACAAUAGCAUGGAACUCACGGCGGCGUAAGAGGACAGUAAGGGGAAAGAAAGAAACUCGCAAACUGCAGAGGAGAAUGAGAUCUUGGAUUCUGAGAUGCGAAAAUUGCGAUGUACAAGGUUGAAGGAUGAAACGGAAUGAUGUAUGUGAAUUUUCAAUCAGUUGAGCCGGAGCAGUGAGCAUGUCAAGACUGUCUACUUCCUUUCCCAUUUUAUUUUCCUUCUGGGUUUUUCUGUUUUGGCUGACUUUGUGGUGAAGACAUCUACUCUGCAAUCCCUGUAAUCAUGUAGUCUAUAGUAGUUAGAAAUAAUAAUCAGAAACAAGUUCAUGUCAAAUAUUCAUG